AGCAAAUUCAAGUCUGAUCUGAACGACCAACAGAUUAAGGCAAUCCGCAGCUCAUGGGGGAAGGUGUUACCAAACAAGGAACAACAUGGAAAACUGUUAUUUUACAAGUAGGAGAGUACUAAUCCUCAACUUAAUAAAUGCUUUUUUUUUUCAAGUGAAAUAUUGAUUUAAGAAAAGUUACUGCUCUAAUUAUCGAGUCUUCAGCUGAGUCUUCGGAUAAAAUGAGAACAAUCAACCUCGGACAGUCUAACUUUAGGGUGUGCCCAUUGAAACUGAAGUCAGUGAGCAGCGCUUAUAUGCGGCGUUGUUAGAUAUUUUUACGAAAAUGGGUUUAAAGUUUGAGUUUGUGGACAAAAUAAUGAAGUACUCUUUGAAGGAUAGUGCGAGACAAUGCGAGGGACUGGAAACCAAUAAAGUGCGAGGCAAAACCGCAACCUUAUCAAAUUACGCCUUCCCAUUGUCCUUUGCGAGUUCAAGGUAGCAUACCUUCAUGAACGACCCGAAAUGCAAUACUUUCGGAAUAUUUGAAGUUGCCAAUCAGCAAACAGUAACAAAAACUUUAUAUUUGUUGUCCAAAUCUCCUUCAAUUCAUCAGCAACCUUAUCCUUUUGAUCAACAAUAAAACACAAACAGCGGUGAUAAACAUUGUGAGUUUUUGCAUUUUUAUAAACUUGACGUUUCGUAUGCUAUUCAACAUACAUUGUCAAAAUGAUCUUAAGUGACCAUUAAAGAAAAUGACGAGACUUUAUACUGUACUCAAAAAUUACAAGUGGUCUGGAAAUGAGAUAAAGAAUUUAAAAAUUCUUAACAGUAAUGAAUACAAAAGACAACAGCUAAUAAAGUAUCAGCUUUUCACUGCUACCUUCCUUUUACUAAUGCAAUUGUUUCAACAGGGUAUUCGAGAUGGCCCCGCACUUGAAGGAUUUAUUUCCUUUUGGUAGCGACUUGACGCAGCCACAGUUUACUGAGCAUGCCCUGAAAGUAAUGAACACUAUUGAUUUAGCAGUGAAGAAUUUGGAUAACCCGGAUGUACUUGUCCCAGCCCUGGAGGAACUGGGACGAGUGCAUGCAAUGUUUGAAUUAACCAAUCAAGAGUUUGAGGUACGAAACUUUCUCAUUUAAAAAUGUUGUGCUCGUAGUUUUGGCUUUUAGGUCAGGGAGGAAAUCCUAUUGUAUCCUAUUGUGUAUUGCCCUACGAGAACCAUGUUUAGGUUUUGUUUAUGAGAUCUACAAGGCUUUGACAAUUUUCAGCUCUUACAGGCUCUUAUAAUAAAGCUUCUACUUCACACAUUUGGCCUGUGAGCUCCAAACAUGCAAAGUCGAACCGCAGGACGGAAAAGGCUGGAGCAAUUCUAUGCUUGGCCAUUUCCCAUUUGUGGUGUCCAUCCUGGGGCAUGUGCAAUUUUGAAUAUUAUNUUCCCUUUGGUAGCGACUUGACGCAGCCACAGUUUACUGAGCAUGCCCUGAAAGUAAUGAACACUAUUGAUUUAGCAGUGAAGAAUUUGGAUAACCCGGAUGUACUUGUCCCAGCCCUGGAGGAACUGGGACGAGUGCAUGCAAUGUUUGAAUUAACCAAUCAAGAGUUUGAGGUACGAAACUUUCUCAUUUAAAAAUGUUGUGCUCGUAGUUUUGGCUUUUAGGUCAGGGAGGAAAUCCUAUUGUAUCCUAUUGUGUAUUGCCCUACGAGAACCAUGUUUAGGUUUUGUUUAUGAGAUCUACAAGGCUUUGACAAUUUUCAGCUCUUACAGGCUCUUAUAAUAAAGCUUCUACUUCACACAUUUGGCCUGUGAGCUCCAAACAUGCAAAGUCGAACCGCAGGACGGAAAAGGCUGGAGCAAUUCUAUGCUUGGCCAUUUCCCAUUUGUGGUGUCCAUCCUGGGGCAUGUGCAAUUUUGAAUAUUAUUGAAAAAGAAAAAAAAAACAUUCACUACUUUCACAUUAACCAUAAUACACAUUGUUUACCCCCCAAAAUUUUGUAUAAGUAUUGUUUUCAAGUUCUCUUGGGAGGAUUGUAAAUCCCAAAAGAAAUUGGAAACAAUACUUAUGCCAAAAAUAUGUAAGGAGUAUUAUGGGAAUGUGAAAGUAGUUACUAACAUCUGACACUGUAUUUGUCAAAAUCGCUCAUGUUUCGACAACCUUUGUUAGUCUUUUUAGUACUGUACAGGCUGUGCAUCAAAGUCAUCUUAAAAGUAAUGAUGUCUCAAGUGUAACAACAUCUGUGGUUUCCCAACUGACGGUCUAAAUAUUUCUUACCAUGAAGAAUAUCAUGUCACAGUUUCCUGUUAGAUAGAUGCACAGACCUUCAAUUGGAGUGUCAGAAAAGGAUAAUUCAAAAAAUUCUCAAACUCUUCAUGGCUAAACAAAUGGUGUCAUGUUAAGUCUGUAAAUGAACUGCUAAAGCAGUUUUACUGAUGAACAGUUCAGUACAGUUCUGAGACGAUCUGGGCACGUCUUCCCCAUUAACGCAAAAGUAUAUUAAUUUUCUUUCCUUUCAGUAUGUUGGACAAGCUCUGCUAUCAGUCCUAGAGGAGGGACUAGGAGAAGCUUUCACACCAGCAUUAAAGGCUGCCUGGACUGAUGUCUAUGCUAUAAUUACUGAUAUUAUG